UCAGAGUGAGCAUUAGAGGGCUUUCCUAAACCGUCCAAGUCUGCCGAAAUUGAACUGCACACAGAAGGAAUCAGAUAGCCAUUAGGAAGUUUAGAUACAAAACCAACAGCAAGAAAGCAUUUUCUCUUGGCUGACCGAUUAAGCUGUGCUCAAGGCAACAUGAAUCCUGUACUUAGUACCGUGUUGUUUUCCGUGCUUCUACUUCUGACCCACAGAAUUCAGGAGCUGGUGGAGGCGUGCAGCUGUGCCCCUGCUCAUCCGCAGCAGCUCAUCUGCGACUCGGCUUUAGUGAUUCGAGCAAAAAUAUCCAGCGAAAAGGUGGUUCCUGCCAGUGAUGAUCCUCUUGAUACCCACAAAAUGAUCCGGUAUGAAAUCAAACAAAUAAAGAUGUUUAAAGGAUUUGAAAAGCUCAAGGAUGUCCAGUAUGUCUAUACCCCUUUUGAUUCAUCACUCUGUGGAGUGAAACUAGAAGCUAACAACAAAAAACAGUAUCUUUUGACAGGCCAAAUUUUAAGUGAUGGUAAAGUCCUCAUCCAUUUAUGCAACUACAUUGAACCAUGGGAUGAUUUAUCCUUGUCUCAAAAGAAGAGUCUUAAUCAGAGAUAUCAAAUGGGCUGUGGCUGCAAAAUUACUACCUGCUACAUGGUGCCCUGUUCAAUCACUGCACCAAAUGAGUGCCUCUGGACAGACUGGCUGAUAGAAAGAAAGCUAUAUGGACACCAAGCCAAGCAUUAUGCCUGUAUCAAGAGAAGUGAUGGCACUUGCAGCUGGUACCGAGGUGGUCCUCCCCCAGAGAAAGAGUUUAUUGAUAUCAGCGAACCUUAAAAUGAUCACUUCCUGAAAAGCCUUGGAGUCUAAUUCCACCAAACAUUGCACGCUCACAGCUUUGAACUGCCAUCGUCUAAUGUAUCUGUUGCUUAGAAACAAAAACAAAUUGUCCUGUACAGCUAAAGUCCGAGUCUGUGGAAUUGGCACUCAGGCAAGAUGAGGAACAAAUCUCCUGGAGGUAGCUACUCUGUAAAGUUAUGCUUUGUACAGAGAGGCUCAAGCUGAGAAUGCUCCUCUGUAUCCUCUAAGACAUAACAAGUUUCCCUUUUAUCAGUAUGAAUGUACAAAAACAAAAGAAUUGCCAGAAUUUUGUCCCCUGUUUCUGUUAACCCACAGAUUAAGAGAGCCCCAUGUUUUAUUCCAAAUCUUUCUGAUGAACUACGGAAUGUUUUAUAGAACUAUUUUUUUCUGUAUGAAAGUCUUCUGAUACAAAAGAAUUAUUGUACAGUGUAUAUGUAAAGUAUGAUUAUAACAAUGUGCUAUAUAAAAAAAAGAUUCAAAAAUUCCUGGUUUUCCUUAUCUGUUGAAACAAGUGGAACACUUCUGUGAUUAAAACAAUCUGUG